CACACGGCGGCCAGAAGGACUGGAAUGCCAAUAACGCUGACUGGCGAUCGCGCCGAAGGGGGGCCUCUUAUAAAAACGGUCUCGAUUCCGAAGCUGUCACUAUCGAACAGUCAUUCAACCGACUAAGUAGCCAUGGCUUUCAAACUCAUCGCCCUCGCCGCCCUCGUGGCCGCCGCCAACGCCGGCGUCAUCGCUCCAGCCCCCGUGGCCUACCACGCCGCCCCCGCCUACGGCUACGCCGCCCCCAUCGCCAAGGCCGUCGUCAAGACCAUCGACGCUGACUACGACCCCAACCCCCAGUACAGCUACUCCUACGACGUCCAUGACUCGAUCACCGGAGACGUCAAGAGCCAGGAGGAGACCCGCAACGGAGACGCCGUCCAGGGUAGCUACUCCCUGAUCGAAGCUGACGGAACCCGUCGCAUCGUCCACUACACCGCCGACCCCCACAACGGAUUCAACGCCGUCGUUGAGAAGGAGGGAACACCCAACGCUCACCCCGUCGUCGCCAAGUACGCCGCCCCCGCCUACCCCAAGUACGCCCCCGCCGUCAAGGUCGCCGCCCCCGUCGCUCACGCCUACGCCGCCCCCGUCGCUCAUGCCUACGCCGCCCCCGUGGCUCACGCUUACGCCGCCCCCGUCUCUCACGGUUACGCCGCCCCCGCUGCCCACGUCAGCUACUCUGCCCCUUCUCACGGAUACCAACACUAAUUCAACCCGUUACGACGCUAGCUAUUUAUUCUAAAUAUAUGAAUUAAUUUAAAUCGUA